AUGUGGAGCAAUAUUGUGCGCAUAAAUAAGGCAACGAGCGCAACGGUGGCUGAACUGACGGGAAGCAGCAGUGGCGGUCCCGACACCGGAGACCCAGUGAAUGAAAUCGAGUACGAAGUGCAGGAGGCUAUGGUCAGCGGUUUAUUGCAGCGCAAACGCUUCGAUCUGGCACGCUCGUCGACGAAGGAGGAAAAGCAACGGCACAACGAGGAAAUCCUAAUCAUGAAGUCGAAUUCGCUCUCUUCCGACACGACCAACUCGUGGGAACCGAUAAGUGUCGAAGCGUGCUACCCUGAACCGGCGCAAGAUGAGACGCAACCAGUGCCACCUCCGGCUGCUGCACCCUCUAAGGCGUGCUUCAUCGAUGCAUCGUCACUGUUUGAUGAUGACGAGAUCGUGUAUCCAUCGUUUCAGGACCCACCCGUCGCCUGGAGUUCGGCAGGUACCACACGGUCAGCUUCCAGUACCACCGUUGGCAACGAACCGAGUGUUCAACUCUCGACGAUCCUACUGUGUGACGAUGUGAAGAUUCGCUCCGAAUUGGAGCGUCCCAGUGCGGCGACGAUGGAAGUGAAGGACCAGUUCUGUGCCCGACCAAGCAACGAGUUUCUAGCCGCCAAGUUGAAGCUGCCGGAACUGGUUGAAAGCCACGCGGAUGAUUGCACCGAAGAGGUGCUUGCGAGACAGCAAUCCGAACGGAAGCAGGGUACGAUGUUGUUUCAAAACUCGAUUCAACAGUUCUCGGGCCUACAGCUAGACGCCGCACCAGUGGGAGGACCAGCAUUUUCGACCGCAGAAGAACCGUGCAGCGAUCUGUCACUGCCGAGUGUAUACUCGUCCGGAAGUGAGCGAAACUACGGAGAGUACAGUUCACUGUCGAUCAGCGACACCCAGCGUUACUCCCUUUUCCGGUGUACCAGCACUAGUGGUUACAACUCCAGCUCGGCCGAUUACAAUAGUCGCACGCAGGCAACGAGUGACGUCGAAUCGGGUCACUAUCCCAACACACCGUUCAACUCUAUUGUCCACGUCACGUCCAGCCAGCACGGUUCACUGACCACCACCAACCCUCCCCGUCCGUACGGUGAUGACGGGAACGGUAGUCGUGCGAGCUCCAUCGAUCGUGAAUCGCACUCUACCCCGAUCCGCAUUCCGAAACGGGUGCAAAAGCACGACGAAUCGGCACCGAUCGUGUCGGGCGGUGCUUCGAUUGAGGACUUCACCCCGAAGCAGUGCGAAAGUCCGUCGGUUCGCCGGCGAACCGACACCUGCCCGAUUGUUUCGGGGGGCAUUAGCUUUGAGGAGGAUCCCAGAGAUGCGCUGCUGGCAGGUCAGGGACGUCGGCUAAGCAAGAGCAGUUCGGGAAAAUCAUGGGUUGUCGAUCUGAAAAAUUGCCCCGACGAUGAAAAGCAGACGACGGGGGUGAUAGGUUCCCUGGACGGUCAACAACAGCAGCGGCACCACCAGCAGCCCCGCAACUGUGGGCUUGGUUUCUACGUCGAUUUGGGAAGCCUUAAAACGCCGGAAGAGGAAAAACCCAUCACCGAGGUCCACCGUCCUCGGCCGGCGGUACGUGCGGACUUGAUGAAGAAAUCGACCGGAUUCUACAUUGAUUUGUCGGAUGGAGAAAGCACACGCAGUGCCACCCCGAAGCUGAGCGGAAGAAAUGACACUCCGCCACCGUCGGCGGUCCCCAGGAUCGGCGACGAGGACGGGGCUCCGUCGAAAGCAGAUUCGCGCGAAGAAUCAAUGGAGAAGGAUCGUAAAAAUAUGUUUUCAAUGUUUAUUGACUUUGGUGAUGAAAAGAAUGGAAACACAACCAUCGCCAAGCCACCGGUAAUGCUUCGUAAGCACUCGUUGCCCCAGGCGGCCAGCGGUACGUCCAUCAAUGGGAAGGAUCCGCCGGGAACGGAACGUCCCAACAGUCUUGGGCCAUCGGGUGAGGAAGGCACUAAGCCGUACUACAUGUUUAUUGGUGCUACUGCAGCCACGGAACCCACUCCGGUCGUUCGGCGACCCAUUGCUGCUAGCGCAGCCACUGCUUCCGGGAGUCAGGUUAGGAACGAAUCAAAGCGACACUCGUGGAAUACCAGUACUUUUGGUGGAGAGCAUUCCGGAGGGUUCCACGAGCGACGGAUUGCCAACAGCGCAUCCUACCAGCGGUCUACCAGUGUUACGAGCGAUCGCGGCAUCAUGAAUAUACUGGACAAAAUCCCACUCCUCUCGAAAACGUCCAGCAUGUCGAUCGACUCGUCCGUUUCGCCCUUUGAAGACUUUACCUGCUCGAAGUCGGAACUGAGCACCUACUCGAACCAGUCGGUGUCGUCCAACUCGGGACAUUCGAGCAACGAAUCGAAGGUUUCGCCGGCGAAAGAAACCGAUGGCGCUGGCCCCAGUGGAGAACCGCCGGUAGAAAUCACGCCGGCAAUGGGAUCGUCCGUGAAGCGCAAGCGAAAGGAUGUAAAGUUGAAUGAAACAUUCGACAAGAGCAGCCAAGGUUCGGUGACGGAUGGGAUUCUGUCGUCGAACGAGGACGCCUCUCCGACAUCCACCACGACCGAUACGGACGAUGUUACGUUUCAGAACAAUCCGGUCGAUGAAGAGGCACUGCUGGCGGCAGCGGCCAAUGGCACUGUGAACCAAGAGGAACCCGUCGAAUGCCCUGUGAAGCUGGCGGCACUUACGGGAGCUACCAGCAAGCAGAUGGAAACGAUCGAGGAAGCAGUUGAGAGCUCUCCCAGGCAUGGUGCCGCCACUGCGCCACGCAAGGCACAGCACACGAUGGAAACGCUGCACGCCACGAUCGAGAAGCAGAAGCAGCUACUCGAGACCGUCUCAGAAAACGUAGAGUCCUCUGGGGUGACAUCGUUCGUGAAGCUUUCUGACAUGGACAAGCCACCGCCACCGCCGGCCACACAGUCGGUGACGGUCACCAAAUUUGAGCUUCACUCGAGCAGCAGCGUCGCUGGUAGCAGUAGUACCGGUGGAGGAACUAGUAAUAUGUCGAAUUCGGCCGGCUCGAACCGAGUGGCACGGUUGUUCGAGUGCCAGAAAUAUAACACGAUCGGUUCGGCGGUUGGGGCCAGCCAGGCGAUGCGCCUACAGCAUCAGCAACAAAAGUCCUCCAAUUACUAUCAGAACAAUGGUGUGACCUCGAUGGAGCGCCACUCGUGGAACAUGUCGCGCUCGACGGGCAACAACUUUGUGAGCCUCAUCUCGUCGUCGGUGGAAAACUCGCGCUCCCUCAGUCGUCUGUUUCCGCAUCUUUCGAAAGCCUUUAGCAACUCUCUUCCGUCGGACGUGGGUAUGAACGGAGCAGGCCGUGGGCAGGAUGGAAGCGAGCUGCUCCAUUCGGAUUUUUCCUGCACUUCGAGCAUCACUUCGAGCCGGUCGGGUAUCGAAUCGAUCGACGAGUCGAUCUCUAGCCGGCAGCCGCGCCGUUUGGGUGAAGAUUUGCUGAAGAUGUUCCUGCAGGAGAUCGCAACCGAUGUGACGAUCGAGGUCGAGACGCGGAAGAUGCGGGCCCACAAGUGCAUCCUGCGAUCACGUUGCCAGUACUUUGCAGCAAUUCUCGCCGGGAGUUGGGUGCAGAAUGCAGGCAACGUGAUCGUCCUGCCGGGUUAUUCGUACGCGGCGGUACACUUUGCCCUGUGCCACAUCUACUCCGGCGCCUCGCACCCCCCAGAGGGCAUCAGUUUGAUGGAGCUCGCCGCCCUGUCCGAUCUGCUUGGUCUCGAGGGGUUGAAAGAAGUUACGGCGUACGCACUGAAAACUAACUACUGUCACAAUUUCCACAAGCCCUGUGUCGGUUGUACGGAUGGGGUGCUGCAGGUACUGCCCGUCACCUUGAACCACGGGUUGGACGAUCUGUAUCGAAAGUGCUUGAAGUGGGUUUGCCGACACUACGUAAAGAUCUGGUCCCAGAAGCAGUUCUCGCAACUGCCGCUCGAUGUGGUACACCGUUGCCGGCAGCAAAUUGUGGCUCACCUCAGCUCGGAGAGUGUGCUUACGCUGAUCCUUGACAGUGAACAGCUGCUGACGUUGUUGCACCCGUACAAGUGGUCCGUCGAAGUGGAGAACGUAGUGCGCGACAUACUGGACGCGGCGUACGAUUACAUCACGGACCACUUUGCGUCGUUGCUGGCAAGUGACAGCUUUCUGUCGCUCGGCCAAAACUAUCGCUGGGCCAUACCGCACGUGGAGCCGAUCUUGCUGCCGGCAGCGAACAAUCUGAGCCCGGAUCAAGCUUGCAAAAGUUACCCGCGUGCUACGCGUCUGCACAAACUGUUGCAGGCCAAGGUGCUAACGAUGACGACAACGACAACGACCACAACGACGACGGCCACACCAUUGUCGGGUGAUAAAAAUACGAGCGUGGUGAACGUGUACGAGAAGCAGGGAAAGCGCCAAAAAGACGACUACAAACGGCACGAGGAGGAAGAGGAGAUGGAUUGGUGCGAUGAGUUUGUCGGGAUGGUAAAUGCGAUCCUGUCGGCCGUGGAGCAGUGCCUGAUACGCCAGUGUGCCCGCGCGAUGCGUGUUAGCUCGUGGCAGCGCAUGGACGUGGAGCUGAGAAAUAAGGUGCAAAAGCUGGCCUGCCUCAUGGAGACGGCCGACGAGCGAAAGUCACGAUCGCGCUAUUCGUUCUCCUCGCAAACAUCCUCGUCCUCUUCGGUGCACUCGCGGACGAACGAUCUCCGCCAGGUGCGGCUAGCGAUUCAGGCACAUAACAAGCGCGCCUACGAAGGAAACGGCAACGCAAACACUAAUCGCACGCAGCAAACGCAAACGACCGUGGCACAGCACAACGAUCUGAACAGUGCUCUGCUGGCCUCACACAAAUUGGCCAAGCAUCUCGACGACGAUAUGCAAAGGAAGCAGAAGGAGCACCAGCCACCGCUGGAAAACGGAUAUCGUAUUUCUAGAACAUCGUCGAAAACGAACCACACUGCACCGGUGCCGGAGAGUGGCCGGAAAGCGCCCGUCGCAGCCAACACCGUACGGCAAACGAAUGGUAUUGCAAUGGGGUUGCUGGCGAAAACGAAUCGUCGUGAUGCGUCGGCUCCACCGUUGGUGGAGGCGCCCGCCCACAGACGAUCACAGUCGGAAGAUCACGCCGUGUACGGUUCGGUCAAGCAGCCACCGACAGGUGGCGGAUGUAAGGGUGAAACGGUCGCCAACUUGCGCUCGAAGCUGAGCCACAUUAAGCCACGCUAUCUCGAACCAAAGAAGCCCAAAAAUGCGGCCAAUCUGCAGGCUCAGAACAAUAAUAUUUCCUCCAGCGGUAGCUCCACACGUACCGCGAGUCCCGCCUUUGGUCACCGCAACAAGUUGAAGCAGCAACCGGCGACGGCGAUGGCAACGACCACGGUGGUGGUAAAAGGUGGCCACGAGUCUAACAUUUCGCUGGACAGUCUUACAUCGCCAGCCAAGCUGCGAAAUGGUGGUGUACCGGCCAAAGCGCCCCGUUCCACCAUCAGCGAGCUGGAUGUGUCGAUCGACUCGCUGGCCGAGUCGCUCAAGUCGAACUCGAUCAAAACGAGCAACACGCUCUCGCAUGAAUCGUUGAUCUACCACGAUUACUUUAAGCCGAAACAGAUCACCGAUCAUCAGCCGGUUCCGAACGGGCUCUCGGCAAGGGAAAGGCGGACCAAAGUCCCACCCGUAGCAACGGCUAGGCCACCUACUGCGGUGAGCAACGGCGGAGCGGCCAAACCGAUCCACAACUCCUCGAUACCGCGCUCGAACGGUAUCAAUCGGACCGGAUCAUCGGCUAGCGUUGGCUCGUCGAAUGGCGGUGGAAUCAAACGAAGCUUCCUUUCUCAGCGAUCGCGCGAAAUCCUGGCUCGCCGCUCGCACGAGCCUAAAUCGAACUCGACCAACUCGAGCAACAAAUCGGCCGCAUCCUCACCAAGCUUGCUGCUGGCUCGCGACAAAUCCACCACCGGUAGUGAUAUCACGAAAUCGGGCUCAUCCGCCUCGCUUUCGACGACCAACAGUGGUGGUGGUGGUGGUGGGGCCACUGGCUGUGGACGAAAGGUGUUCAACACGACGCUCCAUCUGCGCCGGACCGCGAAGUUGCUACCCGCGCCCGGGCCGCAGGACAAUCCAACAUCACGGCAGCAAACGCCACUGAAAUCUUCGUCAUCGUCUUCGGUUCAUCGGCGCAUGGGUGACAGAAAUAGCUUGAAAACUGCCGGUCGCAAAGUGGACUCAACGGUACCGGCUAACAGGGUUCCGUUGAAGCAUAUGCCGGUAACAGGCACGGGUAAUAACUAUAGCGGACCGCCAGCUUCCUUACCGCCGAUCGCCACAACCACCACGGCCGGUCGUAUAGAAUCCAAACUGGAGCGCUCGAACACGUUUUCGAUGGACGCUUCCGAUAAUACAUUGGUGCUGCAGCUAUUAGAUUAAGCACCACGGGGAAGUUGGAACAGGUCGUCGUUACGAGUUUAUCUCCGUAACUCUGCGUGGAAAUUAAGGAACGCUGCAGAGAAGCUACUGCUGUAUAUGUGUGCGCGUGAGCGCUAAUGUGAUGAUCAAUCCGUUGGCCAACGGAUCGUAGAGGUAAGUUGGAUGGAAUUGUUCCCCGGCAAACCGCCGGAAAAGAUUCAUUCCGGGCUUUGUGGACGAACGAAAAGGAUUCGUUUGACUAAUAAUUUCCAAUAAGAUAAAACACACACACACGUAUGCGUAUAUUUCAUCACAAAUGUCUAGUCACACUAUUUAUUAUGGAAAGAGGACACUCUGCAUCGAUUUGCGAGCGAAUGUGGGUCGGUUGGUCUAUCCGUUCAGGAACCGCUGCUCUCUUCGCACUCGCUAGUGAUAGCUUCACUCUACCAGGACGAGAUACUUCUCUGCAAAUUGAUGAGGGACAAAGAUAAAAUUAGUGUAGUAAUGAGAAAGACAUUUAACCAACGCCCAACCCAAAUACAAAACAUAAUCCAAGGAAGAGCCUCCCCAUAAGGUAGUUGCUUUCGCUGGCCGCACUUCAACAGCCAGGUCGCAUGCGUGCAGCCCACAAACCUCUACUUUCUCUGUUACGCUAGAAGGUGUACAUCAGUCUACGAAAGAUCCACUCUUUAAUGAUUGUUAUAUUUGAACGAAAAUAAAAAAGGAACUUAAGUACUUUGCAUGAAAAAUUGAUCCAAACUAGAAACUUAAGAGGUCGCAGUCUGUUUUGUUAUCUCUCGGUGUGUGCUGAGUAAGAGGACAAAGAUAGGUCAUUUUGGUAGGUUUCGAUCGAUGUGCAAAAAUUAACCCUGCAGCGUUGCACGGUUCCAACUGUCUUAGUUCAGCAUUUACAAUCCGACCAGCUGCCACAAAACGCGUAUAUAUUACUAAAAAAGACGCAUGGAAAAGAAUACGCCUCCCUAGUGUAUCACAAGUGCGCUCUAGAAUACGGCACGCAGGUCAGCCUAAUAAGUUAACGAAAGUAAUAGCAGCUGUAGCGCGUAGACGCCACGGCAAUAGCCACCAACGAUAGUCCCACAAAGAAAUAUAAAACAAACUGUAUUACUCAACAAUAGCGCAAAUAGCCAGCACCUAGCUCUAGUGCCCGUGGAGGACAGUAGUUCUCCCCAGAGCAUAGAAAACAUGACCAGCAGUAGAACGCGAAAAAGGGGCUCAAAAGUGCUCGUGCUUAUAAAUGGCUCGUUUAUCCCCCUUAGCUGACAGGAGAACUAAGAACUAAACUGAGCAAGGAGAACAUUAAUCGAAACCACUUCUAAGCACUCGAACGAGUAUACCUCAAAUUUUCUUCUUUCGGUGCUCGAUGAUCAUACGCAAUUAGUUUUCGCCGAGAAAAUGCACCCACUUACUGUCCCACCAGCAUUCUAUCUUCCCGUCCAAUCGAUCGUCGAUCGAUCGACAUACACAUACGAUGUGCAGUGAUUUUAGGUUUAAUUUUGCGCUGAUAAGUCUCCCGUGAAAUGCAUUGUGAUCACUAUAUAAUUUUUACAUAACAAACAUCUUCCUCCCGAUUAGUAGAGACGGAGACGGGCACGACGGAGAAGGAUCCCUGCUAAGGGGCCGCCUCGGUUGGGCAGCUUAGUUGAGUUUACUGAUGUGCCGCACUGCCUCACUCACUGUUUCUUUUGCCUCUUUUUACUGUUUUGAUGACGUUCGGUUACAUUUAUCUCGCCCCAACAGUUGGGAUGUUUUAUCCUGUAAGCCACCAAUCCGUUCAGCUUUUAAGGUCGUCUAUUUUCUAGUAUUUCUAUGUUUACAAUGCUGCAAAGGCCACACAUUCCCUCCAACUAUUAACUGUGUAAGUUUCGUAAAUUUUCUCUCUCUCUCUUUCUCUUCGGUUUCGCAAAAGGGUUGUUCUUAUUAAGUCAAAUGAUUUUGUUAGUUUGGCGGAAAGAUAAAAAUUGCUGCACGUGACUUUGAUAUUUUUUUUCUUUUCGACAGGAUGUAGUUAAGGUAGCAGAAGACAGCAUAUGACAGCGAUUCUCACGAGCGUGAGGACCGUGAAUUUAUAAUCAAAAACAAUAGCCGGGACAAGCCUGGAGUGCGAUCUAAAUUACGUAACCCGCAUACUUAAUUACCUACUUACUUACGACAAACCUAGUCAUCUGUACAAAAACGGCUCUGCUGAUCGCUGACUGUGCUCGGGUUUGCAAGCAGCAUCGCCGGCAUCGCACCGGCGAAAGAUGGCGCACAUGAACGGCAUACACGUCUAUGAAUCUAACUACUAAAUUAUCUACUGUUCUGCCCCAGUCAGAAAACCGUAACAGGGGGAACAGAUUGGAGUGGACAUAACGUAUCGGGUGGGCAAAACUGUGUAGCGUUAGAUCGAUGUGGAGAGGUGAUCGUUUUGCGAUCAAACUGGCGCACUUUUUAUUGAAACGUGCGCGGACAAAAAGCGGCUCAUUUGGUUCGUAUGAUUUCAUUGCGUUGUGUGAAAAUACUGCAGAGAAAAGCUUGUAAACCCCAGCGGGUCAGCAGCGGGUGUUUCUUUCUACAAACCAUAUUUCUGCGUCCCUUUCUGCAAAGUGCGCCACCAGUUCGCGUCUCGAACGAUGCCGAAGUA